CAUGUUUCGACUUUACGUGCUACAAUUCACAUUCUCACAUAUGAACAAAGUUGUCUACCACACAACACAUGUGUGAUUCAUUCCCAAAAAAAUCAUCUUUAUAUUCCACAUAUCUUUCUUUCCUUUUAUUCCCUCUUUUAAAUCCAUUUCAAAAACCUAAUCAAGUACAACAACAUGGGUGAAGGCGGUUUCGCACGGAAAUGGAGAAAACUUAGCGGAGAAGACAACUGGAAUUCACUCUUGGAACCUCUCGACAUCGACCUUAGACGUUACCUCAUUUUUUAUGGUGAAAGGGUUCAAGCCAACUAUGACACUUUCAUUCUUGAUCGUAGGUCAAGAUAUACGGGUGCAAGUAAAUUCACGAAAAAACAGUUCUUUUCACGCCUUGGUCUUGAUAAGGGUAACCCUAUAAAGUACAAUGUUGUUAAGUAUAUCUAUGCUACGUCCACAUCACCCACUGCCCCUCAAUCGUUUCUUUUGAAGUCUCUUGUGAAGGACCCGUAUUUAGGGCAAUCAAAUUGGAUGGGGUACAUUGCAGUGUCUUCAGAGAAAUCGAAACCUUUGUUGGGAAGGAGAGAUAUUGUGAUUUCAUGGAGAGGGACGAUACAAAUAUCAGAAUGGAUCGAGAAUUUUGAUUUCCCGUUGAAGCCGACGACUAAGGUGUUUCCGACGUCGACAUGUGCACUAGCGCAUUCGGGAUUUCUUUCAAUAUAUACGUCUAGUCAUCCGAAUUCUCGCUUUAAUAAAACUAGUGCGAGAGAUCAGGUUGUAUCUACGAUAAAGAGGCUAGUUGAAAAAUACAAGGAUGAAGACGUGAGUAUAACCGUAAUCGGCCAUAGUCUAGGUGGGGCACUAGCAACCCUAGCCGGAGGCGACAUAGCAGUUAACGGCUACAACAAACCUACAUCCCGACCUAAUAAGUCAUUUCCCGUAACAGUAUUUGCAUACGGGAACCCUAUUCUCGGAAACAUAUGUCUUCGCGAGCUUCUCCACAAGCAAGAAAAUCUUCACAUCUUACGAACCGUAAACAUGAUAGAUUUUAUACAAUUUUUACCACCAUUGAUUGGGUACGAACAUAUUGGUCAUAAAUUAGUGAUCGAUACUCGAAAGUCUCCGUACUUGAAAGCUAUCGAAAGCUAUGCAAAAAGGCAUAAUAUGGAGGCUUCUUAUUUGCAUGGGCUUGCAGGCUCACAAGGUGUUGAUAAAGAGUUCAAGUUGGUAAUUACUCGGGAUCUCGCGCUUGUCAAUAAGCGAACAAAUUUGUUGAAAGAUGAGUAUUUGAUACCGAAUCAUUGGUGGACUCAACAAAACAAAGGGAUGGUUCAACUAUCAAAUGGAUCUUGGAAGUUGCAUGAGCUUAAGGGUUACCCACAACAAAAUGACGAGAUCGAGUAUGAUGAUGAUGAUGAUGAUGAUGAUGAUGAUGGUGAUGACAAGGAUGAUGAUGAGGAGGACGAAAUCAAGCAUAAUGACAAGGAUGAUGAUGAUGAGGACAAGAUCGAGCAUCAUGACAAGGAUGAUGAUGAUGAGGAUGAGAUCGAGCAUUAUGACAAGGAUGAUGACGAGGACGAGGACGAGGGUGAGGACAGUGACAAGGAUGACAAGGACAGGGAUGGAUUUGGGGUCCAAAUCUCCCUAUAGCAUGUAUGAAUGUAUUCAUAUUUGUAUUUGAAAUUGAUAUCUAACCUUUUUUAUAUGUACAUAAUUACCAAUAUAUGUUAUUGACCACAUGCAAUAAACAUCUAUCGACUUACAUUUGUUACACAAGACAUGACUAAACAAGUUUUGCAGGGUUAUUUUCAAAGAUAGACAUGAGGAGGGCAUCCACGUCUUUUCCUUUCACUUCCCAAGUUUUCCGUGAUUUCUGAA